AAGAACGAUAGAAAAUGGCGAGUCAGUGUAAAAGGCAGCAAUGCACAAUCGACAGGCGCGGCUUUCGGCAGGAACUUGACUCUUGGAAACAUAAACUCAUUCACUGUGUAGGGUUUGAGAGCAUUCUCGAAGGUCUGUUUACUCCACAGCUGGAAGAAGACCUACAAUUAUUUAAAGACUUAGAGCCCACAGCAGUGUCUGACUGGUCAUUCGAUGAAAACUGUUUAUUCUGCUGUUUGAGACGAGACAAUGUAAAGGAACACUUAAUUCGCUUAAGCAACGAGGGGAUUGAAGACACACCAAAACCCCUCCUGGUAAAAGAUCAGAACACAAUCAGCAGACUAGAGAAACAAGCCGAGGAAUUUCUCCAUGCAGUCCUUGGCAGAAAAGAUGUGCCAAAUUUCUCGGACCCAAACAUUCCUGUAGUGGCUCGGGAGAUCCUUCAGAGAAUGAUGCGACAGUUUGCUGCCGAAUAUACCUCAAAAACCAGCUCCUCUCAGGACAGUGGCUUUGAUUCCCAGCCUUGCCCUGACCAAAGCCUGCCGCCCCCUCCCUUGUUCUCAGGGGCUUCUCCUCCUACCAGCCCCACUGCCACCGUGGCUGGGCCCGCACACAACCAGAACCCCGUCCUCAGCAAGCUCCUCAUGGCUGACCAGGAGGCUCCUCUUGACCUCACUAUCAAGAGGCCCCCGUCUUUGCCUACUGAACAAGAUGGAGUUCUUGACCUAUCUGUCAAAAAGAACCGCUGCAGCAGUGGCAGCCUCUCCGACCGGAGUCCCUGCCUUUCUCCAGCCACUUCCACACUCAAAGGGCCAUCCUUGAGAGCAGACGGGCAAGUCGGGCUGUUUAUGAAGAGCCUACAGGAUGGGAGGAGGAGAGAGAAUAUCGGCCACUCCAACCGUUAUAAGCCUUCCUCAUCUCUUGCAUACUCGCUGCACAUCAAAGAGGAGCCCGAUCUGGAGAGCGACCCUGAGUCACCUCUCAGCAACGGCUCCAGACCUUCUGACCUUUUCAAAAAUGGAUCUUCUUCCUGGAAUUCUAAAAGUCAUUUUGGGGCCCUCUUCAAACUCAAAACCAACAGCGAGGCUAGUGAGCACCUCAAAGACAUACCCAGGUUGUUGGAGGCUGCUGGACUUUUGACAAAGUCACUUGCCUAUGAGAAAAGGAACCUCCAGGAGGCCUGUAGGGACCACAGCCUCCCUCUUUCUCAUUCAUCACCUUUUGACCUCAAGAUCCCCCAGGUGCGAGUUUUGAAUUCAGCAACAGACUCGUCUUGGGAUUCCCUUUCCAGCGAGUAUUCGAGAUCAGCUUAUGAGAACGGUCUGGGAAAGGCACUUCGUUCCAUUCUACCCAGACAGAUCCAGAAAAAGGGCAGUGGGGGGUUCAGUAGCUCAGGUUCAGAAAAGGACUAUUGGCCUUAUGACACUGACCGCAAAUCCUUGCAGGGAAGCUACCCUCUGGAUUCUGAGUCAGACCUAGGUAACAAGCAGCCAAGGAAGAAGCGUGGUCGAUACCGACAGUACAACACCGACCUCCUUGAAGAGGCUAUCGACGUGGUGAUGGGCGGGAAAAUGAGUGUGUCCAAAGCCCAAACGAUCUAUGGCAUUCCACACAGCACCCUGGAAUACAAAGUUAAAGAGCGACUGGGGACCUUGAAACACCCACCCAAAAAGAAACUGAAGCUGAUAAAGAUAGAGGAGCAGGGUGUUUCACGGUCCCCAGAGAGGAUCGAACUCUCCCAGCAAAUUGUCUCAGACAAAAGGGAGAGUGCAUCUGAUGAGAACGGAGAGGAUUUCCAUGAUGGAAGCCUCUCAUCGAAUGAGUGAUCUAACUUUAAUGUGACCAUAAUGAUGUACUUUUCAACCCCACAGAUGUUGCAUUUGCCAGACAGUCGUAGUAGCUGACGGUUCUCCCACAACCCUUAGUGGUUGACAGUAACAUUUAAAUCUCAUUAGCCAUAUUUAUUAUUAAUAUAUUUAAUUCUACACCUACCUUUUCAGUCAGUUUUAGAUAAAUAUGCUAUGGCCAUCUAUUUUACACACUCAAAGUGUCUCCUCGACAAUUAUAUUGUGCCUGGAAGGCAUACUUACUAUUUAAGAACUAUAACUAACAACAUUAUUCGUACAUUUUAUCUUGUUUGUUUUGGUUAUGUUUUUGAAUGAGUCAUUCCUGGCUCUAACAUGUAUUUUAUACAUGCAUGCCAUAUUGAAUAUUUCUUAAGGAAGUAGCGCCCCUUGGUGUCUUCUCCCGGUACUGUUCAGAGCACGGAAAAAAAUUAAGAGACCACUCCAAAUUUUUCUGAAAUCCUUAUCUCUCCAUGUGUGUCGGCCAUUCCAGUGUCUGUUGAAUUCCAACACAGACAACAACUGUCAGUAGUUUAUAGAAUACAAUAAUAAAAAUAAUAAUAAUUUAACCCAAAAACAUACCUAUAAAUAAUACAACAAGAGAAAAUGAUGAUGCUUUAGUGGUCUCUUAACUUUUUCCGCGGCUGUAUAUCAGAUACAGUUUAUCCUACAGAGUAUCUAGGUCAUUAUGGAUGACAGUGAAGGUCUCUAUCACUGUUUUGCAAAUGCACUUCUGUGACUAAAAUUGACACUGGAGAUGUAAGUAAAUUAUAUUCAGAGUAUGUAUUUAUUCCAAACACUAUAUACAACAAAUGUAUUUAUUAUUCUAGUCUGUUGCAAUAGCAUGAAAUGUUGUCCAGGUUUUCACUUUCCUUAUGAAUCCAAGUCAAGCACGACACAUUUUUUCCACCUAACUUUUAUUCGUGUGUGUUGCUGUCCUUUUUAUGAAUGGUAUUUUUUUUCCAUUGCCUUCACUGCACUCAGGAUGAAUUCAGUUGGGGAAGCAAUACUUGUCAGUCAAAGAAAAUAUAAAAUAUCUCUCAGAUAGUAGAUCACUGUAUACACAUAAAUAUACCUCAGCUAGAGAUAAGCUUCACUGAAUCAUUGCCUCGUGUUAGUCACCUCUGAAGGGGAUGAUGACCAAAUCCCCCUUUUUUGAGGUAACUUGUCAGGAUGUCUUACUGACAAGUAUGUGUGUCCUACUCUCAGAUAACUUCACAACCUACCUUAACUAGUUUUCAGUAGCAUUUCAGUGCCAGUGUAAGCCUUCAGAGCAUCACAGUUCUUUGUGAAUCAGGGCAUGUCUUUUUCAGAUUUCAGGUAUUAUCUCUGGGAACGUCUUUCUCCACACGAGAAGGGCACAAUUGAUCCUUAUUUAUUUACGAUGUAUAAACAAUUAUACAUAUACAGCACAUAUGUACACAUCUCGCUCGCACUCGGCACAUGAUAAAGAAUUGUCUUCAGGUCAAUUAUUAACAUGUAUCGGUCUGUGAGGACUCCAUUUUAACGACCUGAUUAUUCACAGUCACUAGCUGAACACUUGUUAACCGAUAACUUUUAACUCUCUCCAAUACAACAGUGUAUAUGUUAAAAAUGUUUACGUCAUGUUAACAAAUAUGUGUGAGUAGGAGCCGUUAUGUCAUUUGAGAUGCUCAUAAAGUCAUUAUUUUGUAAAAACUUUUAUCCAUCAUUAGCAACUGGAGUCAAACACACUGACUGACUGUGCUAGCUUGCUAACAUUUGCUAGCUAGAAAAGUUAGCAAACAUGUUAGCUACUGUCAUGCCUCUACCCACAUCUAGCAUUUGCGGAAGUUCCCAUGGCAAACAUUCAAUGACAAUAGAUCUCUUCAUCAUGAACCAGGUGAGAGUGCGGGUUAACGCUCCUUUCCUUGAGAAUAUUUCGGUGUUGUCAUGGUAAUGGUACAACACGUUAUGGAUAAAAAGCCCUUUUCAUUGAAUGUUUGCCCGGUAUUUUUGCUUUAUCAGGACACCUCAUUGUGCAUUACCAAUUAUACCUCAGGACAUUCCAGAAUAUGGGAUCAUGGCCCAAUAUUCUUUCUAUCAGGUCGAUGCACAGUUCGAGUAGAUCUUGGUCAUUUUUUUUCCUCCAGCAUUAUUAAUGUUGCUUAGAUGAAUAUGGAUGUUUUGAUAAAAGAAAUGAUUCUCUCACCACAAGCAUUUAGCUUCUAACGUAACAUCAACCUGCAUCAAUUGUAAACAUGUUUAAGUGAGAGUCGGUUCAGCAGUAACAUCGUUCAGGGACACUUGUAUGUUAAUCGCAAUGUAACAAUGGAAUCACUUUUUUAAAUGGUUCUAACUAACUAGUUGGGCAUCCCUUUUCCUCAGUUUGCUUUCAUUUCCUUCGUGACUUGCUCCUAAUUGAAGGCUUUAUCUCUUUAAUUGAAUUUUUUAAUUGGGUUGCAUCUCACCGCUCACUUUUAGUUUACACUUUGAUACAUUCAAUCAACCAUGCUUAAUUACACAGAUUUUCUUAGAUACUCAAAACUUCUGAAUCACUUUGUCUUGGUUGAAAAAUUAAUAGCUUCUCCAAGAAAACUUAAUUAAUACCAUUAUGUAAAAUCUGCUCGCUGAUUCGUUUUCAUUAACUGUAUUUUUUAGCAUUGACAAUCAUCCAGCAUGACUCAAAAGCCACUCUUGUUUUCUCAUUCAGCGUGUUAAAUGCAUCUUAAUGAAUUUGUUAAGGCAUACACGCUUUUUUGGUUCAUUGACGGGUAACACAAUAAAAUGUUCGCUCCUUAUUGUCUAUUGUAGCAAAUCUAAUGGCCGACUACCUCAUCUGGAAAUCCCAUAUCACAGUCUACGGUUCUCAUAGCUGUUUUAUGUAGCAAUUUCUCAUGUACUCAACACAGUUUCUUGUAAAAUCUUUGAGUGAAGGCAAAUAGUUUACAGAAAAAGCUUUCAUAAAGUUCUAUAGGACGGGAGAAUAUCUCGCUUGAAUUCAACCGUAUGUAAAUAUUUCAAUGUAUCCUUGUAGUUAAUUGCCGCCUCAAAUAUAUGAUAUUUACGUUGUCUAAAUCCUUUUUGGGGUCUGGGUUUUGUUUGCACAGUUGUUACUUAGGGAAACCUUUUUAUUUCCAUAGUGGGCGAAGCGUUUACACCCCCUUACAUUUCUACACAAACUGAUCCGUGGAGUUAUUUUGUUAAUGCAGUAUUUAUUAAUCAAUAUUUAUGAAUUAAUGAUUUUAUCACCACUUAAGUAACCAUGAAUGUAAAUGGCUUUAAUCAAACAAAAGGUUGUUCACUUGAGUGUGUAUAGACAUAAGUAGAUAAUGCUUAAAUAUAUAUUUAACUGUCUUACGUAAUAAAUGCGAAGGGAUAAGAUCCCGUUUAUUGUGACGCAAGGGGGGAAACUUUUGCUUGGUAAAUAUAUUGUUUGAGGACAGAAGGUCUUCAUUGACCAGAGCAGAGAAUAUUCCUGUAUUUAAAAAGAAAAUGUACAUAUUUAUGUUUGAUUUAACAUUAACAAUGUACAGGAAUGACACUGGGUAUGUUUGCAUGAUUGGUACUAAAUCAUUUGUGUCAGUGGGAAGUUAGUUGUAUAUGGUGACGGUUUAUCUUUGAGGGUGUUUUAUUGAAAAUACUGGAGUGUUGGUGUGUUUACUGUCAAGUCAACAAUGUAUCAAGUAGAUAAACUGUGAAAGUGAAAUAUCCAGAAACCUUUUCAAAUCUGGUAAAUGGCUCACUGGACCUGUCUGGUAAAAUAUAGUUGUGCUUAAUUGCGAGAUUAUUUCUCUCCGUAGUGCAGUAUAUGGACAUUGUCGAUGAGUCAAUACCUCCAUGUUUGUGUGCUUGGAAUAUUGUUAAAAUGAGUUUUGUUUGCUUCUGCUUGUUUUGAUCCUCUGGAAGAAAAAGGCAUGUACUUUGUGUAUCAGUUCCCGACUUGCUCAUGCAAAGUAAAACAGAGAGCGAAACUCUCAGGGAUGAAACAUUUACCACAAGUUAUUCAGGUACUCCACUUUACUCCUUAGAAACUUGCUAGCAGGAUUUAAAGUGGGCUUAGCAAAAACAUUGGUCAGGUUCCAGGAAAUGUUAUUUUUUUAAUCUCUUAAUUUCUUUUUCUUUUUUUGACAAAUGUGCAUUUGAGAUAUUUGAAAUGCCAUACACUUCUGUGUUUGGGUCCAAAAAAAAUCUCAGUGCAUCUUUCUCAGUUUUAUUGUUUUUCAUACUCGUUACACAAUGAAUGUCAAAGUUAACCUCCUGCAACCUACCUGCAGGUACGAUGUUGACCAAUGGCUAUUUAGUUCAACAGUUUCUUUCAAGUUCAGUGCCUCAAACAGCACAUCCUAUUUUAAAAAAAUACUUCAUACAUCAUUCUUUCAUCAACAUCCUCAUACUGCAUUUCUGAAGGUAUUUACAGAAAACCUUAAAAUGUAUCUCAGAUAAUGUCCUGCAGCAUUUACACCUCCCUCUUCAAAGGUUGGAUUGUUAAAUUUGCGAGUUAGAGCUGAAAAACGUAUUUCAUUUUAAAUAACUUUUUGUUUCUUCAUGUUUUAGAGUAUACUGACAAUACUCCCAAUAAUAAUACAAAUCUAAACUUCACUUUGCUGUAUAGCUGAAUCGUAGUACUAGGUAGAGUCUACAUAACAAGCUUUACACUAGGUAUCCCGCAUCUCCUCUAUAGCUUAAAGGUGAAAUGUGAAACGCUAUAGGUUUCAGCUUUACUUAGUCAAAGAAUAAAUAUUCGUAGUUUGUUAUUCGGCAAUGCAAUAUUUAUAGUUGUAAAGAAAUAGUUUGCAAGUAUUUGUUUGGCGCGUAAAAUAUCAGACGCAGAUCAUUUUAUGACCACAUAUUCAUCUUGCAGUUGCCAGCACCUCUCGCUCAGCAGCACAUGCUGUGGGCUAAGCUAUUUCAGUUCUUCAUUACUUUUACGCCUUGUGACAUGUCACCUCAGGAAUCCAGAUGUGGUUUCAUUUAUCUGUUUAAAUGUAUCCACUGUAUCUUUAGAAGGACUUGUCUUUUCUUUUUCUUUCUUUCUUUCUUCUUUUUUUACAAAGAAAAUAACCUUUUCAGAAUUAUAUAUUUUUGGCAUAAUAUAAUAAUAUAAAUGCUCCAAAGGUCGCAGACGAUUUUGUAAUAGACCUACCUCACUGAAAAAAUGUUAGUCACAAAUAUAAAACAUGCUCCACCCAGUUGACUGAUUACAUUAGAUUAGCAUUAACACAGGUAUUAGAAAUAAUAACUUAGCUUUGUUUAGUCUCGCUUGAUCUUUCUUUUACUAGUUAAUUUGUCUUAAGCUGUUAAGCACUUGUAUCGAAUUGUCACCCUUUACACUAGUUAUUAAAUACAUGAAAAAUUGACAAAAAUAAUGUACUAUAUUUCGCCCCCAUUGUAUUUUCUCUUUCAAGGGAUAAACAUGUGUUUGACCUGUGGGCCACCGCUAAUAAAUGUGUUGUGCAUGUGUAAGAUUUUCUUGAUGUAUACUGUAACAAAAGGCACCACUGUGCAAAGAAAAAAAAAUGUAAUAGCUGUAACAAUGUAAUUGGUUAUGUUCACUGGAUGAAAGGCUCACUUUUAAAAUCACCUAUUCUUCUAAUAAAUAUGCAAUGAUAAACA